AUGUCGUCAAUAGCAUCUGGCAGAGUCAAACAGCGCAUUCUAUUCAUGUGCCUGCUGUUCACAGGCGUCAUGGUGUAUCUGUACAAGGUAUCAGGAGAUCGACUCUUUUCAUUUGAAGGGCCCCAAUACCAAUACAGUUGUCACAUCACAAGAUCCACCGUGCAAGAAGACAGCGAAAACGACGUGAAGGAGCCAUUGCCUAUGCGACAUCACAACUACUUGAACUUGAAUAACCUCAACUCGACUCGUUUCGGCAAGGAGGCCAAUGAGCAUGUGCUUGUGCUCACUCCUUUGCAGAACGACGAACAAUACCUCGACCACUAUUUCCAGCUCCUGGAUAACACCAAUUACCCAAAUCACCUUAUCUCCAUUGGACUACUGGUAUCUGAUUCCACAGAUGAUACCCUUGAAAAUCUAUACAACACAGUGCACCGAUUACAGAAUAGAUGGCGAAACAGAUUCUACGAGAUUGAUGUCUAUCAAAAGGAUUUCCGUCUGGACGAAAAGCCAGAUGAUACAUCGCUCAACUCGAAAAGAGCGACGUUAGCGAGAGCCAAGAAUUUCCUACUGACUGCCGCCUUGCGAGAGCAUCAUAGCUGGGUUGCGUGGGUGGAUGUCAAGUUGCAUUCCUAUCCUGCCACCAUCUUCUCAGACUUGAUGCUUGUGGAUGGUGAUGUGGUUGUACCAAAUUGCUUGUUGAAGCGACAAGACGAUGAUGAAUUCUGGGGUUUUGAUAGAAACAACUGGCAAGAAAGCGAUCUCUCGCUCGAGAGACAGCAAAACGCAGCAGAGCAUGAAGUGCUGAUGGAAGAUUAUAAUCAAUACUCCAUUGGCCGUCAUUUGCUUGUUGACAUGCCAACGCACCAAGGCACUAGAAUACCUUUAGAUGGUGUAGGCACCACAUUUACGUUGGUCAAGGCCACUGUACAUAGAGAAGGCGCCAUUUUUCCUCCAUUUGUCUACCAGCAUGAACUUGAUUCUGAAGGUUUUGCGAAAAUGGUGAAAUCAAUGGGCUUUUCUGUUUAUGGAAUCCCAAGUUAUACCAUUUAUCAUUUUUAA